AAAAGUUUGGUUAUGUUUAAAUGUCAUAGGUGUUUAGUUGUUUUGAUUUGCAUAUCUAAUGCUCCCAAAGGUUUUGAGAUAGUAAUUGAUUGUCUUGUACUGGAAAAAAUGGAUAAUAAAAAUAUUAAAAAUGGAUGAUAAUUCGGCAUUAUGUUGCUGCGAAUAUUAUGAUAUUAAUUACGAGAGAAAUCACAUUUUAGCGUGCUGUUGUAAUUGCGAAGACUUAGAUGAAGCGUUCGAAAGAUUCAUAAGUGGACGGAGCGUGCCAGAUAAACGUAGACAAGCUGUAAUAAUGACCAUACAAGAUCGACUCAGAAUACCUUGGAGAGGUGGUGCGAAACAAAUAGCAUUCGAUGCCAUUCUACCGGUAUUUAUCAUACCCUGUAUGCUGCUUAUAGCCUCAAUCAGUGUUUGGUGGACGAUAUUCUCAUUUACCACCGUGCUGAUUUUUUUGGUAUUCAUUUCGAGUUUUCUGAUCCGAACGAUACCGUUUACGAAAUUUUUCUUCGUGUGGACGUGCAUGUCCCUGGUCACUUUAUACGUCAUAUUCGAGUUCAUCGUAAUUCCUUUUUUGGAGAUCCUUUUAAUAGAAAACAUCGCUUUGAGUGUACUCAUUUUCGGUUUCGUCAUGUGUGUUUAUAUCAUGAAAAAAAGGACUCAACACCUACCGAGAUUGGGAGACGCUGAGUACGGUUACACCGGCCAGUUUAGCUGCAAAUGGGUGAAUUGCUCCAAAUGCCAAGUUAAAGUUCCUGAUAAAGAUCAUCAUUGUAUUUGGUUCGAUUGCUGCGUCGGCAAACAUAACCAGUGCAGUUUUAUACUGUCGUUGUUAUUUGCCAUUAGUGCUUUGCUCUACAGUUCGAAUUUAACAUUAACAUCGGUUUGCCAUCCAUUCAGUUUUUUCAAGACUAUUCUGCUACCCGAUGAUUGCUCGGAAGUUUAUAAAUUGUUCGAAUUGAGUUUUUCGUUCGUAUCGGCUGUGUACAGCAUUAUAAUUGCCUUACUGCUGUUAAUUCUACUGUGCCAGCAAUUGCUGUUGGUUUCGUUGGGAUUGUCGUUGAAAGAGUGGACUCGAUUAUCUUUCGGGUCUAAAUUAUGUAUGGCUUUGACUGCCCAUCGGCCUAAUAAUAGAGGAUUUUGCAACAAUUGGAAAUCCGUGAUUUGCUGGAAUAAACUGUAUUUGCAAACGAAUCAGGUUGAAAAUAGUUAAUUUAUAUAGGAUUAAAUAAGAAAACACAAAUUGCAACUUUUUAAGUUAAUUAUUUUAUUGGCAUUAAUUAGAAAUUAGUAUAAUAGGAUUAGGAUUAGACACCUUGUAAUGCUCUAUUCUUGUAAAUAUUUUAAAACUUGC